GUCUUCACGACGUCGCUUCCUCAAGCAGCACCGCUCGUCGUCUUCUGAGUCUUCAACCUAUUAGCUUCCUCCGCUGACCAUAUCGCAGAGCGGCGACUCAGACACCCAAAUUGCCCGCCCGCCCGCUCGACUUCCGAUUCCGCGAGUUGUCUCAAUUCUCCCGUUGCGUUGAAGGAAAAGAUGGAAUCCCUAGCUGCUUCGAAAUGGACAAAUUCCCUCCUUUAUUUGACUUUGAUACUCUCCACCGUCUUCCUCCUUCACUCCCAAAUCGCCACCAAUUUGCUCGUCGGCCACCACCCGCUGCGCCUGAAGCGUUCCCCGGAUCUCCCUCUCCGAUUUCGGGACGAUGGCACCUUCAAAAUCCUCCAGGUCGCCGACAUGCAUUUCGGGACCGGGAUGGUCACCCGUUGCAGAGAUGUGCUGCCUUCCGAGUUCGACUACUGCUCCGAUCUCAACACCACUCGCUUUGUCCGGCGAAUGAUCGAGCUUGAGAAGCCCGAUUUCAUCGCUUUUACAGGAGACAAUAUCUUUGGAAGUAGUACAACUGAUGCUGCUGAAUCCUUGCUUCGUGCAUUUGGUCCAGCCAUGGACUCUGAAAUUCCAUGGGCAGCAGUGUUAGGUAACCAUGACCAAGAAUCUACAAUGACUCGGGAAGAAUUAAUGUCUUUUAUAUCGCUUAUGGAUUACUCAGUGUCACAAGUCAAUCCAUGGGCGGAUGUACCGGCCAAUUAUGUGGAGUUACCCAAAAGGAGGAAAAUCGAUGGCUUUGGAAACUACGAUCUCCAAGUAUAUGGUCCGCCUGGUUCUGUUUUGGCAAAUGACAGCGUCAUGCAUCUUUACUUCCUUGACAGUGGAGACAGAGAAGUAGUCCAAGGAAGACGUACUUAUGGGUGGAUUAAAGAAUCUCAACUUCAUUGGCUUCGUGGCGUUUCAAAGCGAAAUAAGGAGCAGAUUGAGAAUCUCAAUCACAUGGCAGAGGUUUCACGGAUGCCUAUAAAUCCUGCACUGGCUUUCUUUCACAUCCCAAUUCCUGAAAUUCCACAGCUGUACUAUCAGAAGAUCGUCGGCCAGUUUCAGGAAGGCGUUGCUUGUUCUUUGGUGAACCCAGGAGUCUUGAAGACCUUUGUAUCAAUGGGGGAUGUGAAGGCUGUUUUUAUGGGGCAUGAUCAUACCAAUGAUUUCUGCGGGACUUUAAAUGACAUCUGGUUUUGUUAUGGUGGUGGAUCUGGAUACCAUGGUUAUGGAAAACCCGGGUGGCCACGCAGGGUCAGAGUUAUAUCAGCCGAACUGGGAAAAGGUGAAAUGUCAUGGAGAGGAGUUGAAAGAAUCAGAACCUGGAAGCGUCUAGACGACAAAGGAUUGUUUACCAAGAUUGAUGAACAAGUCUUGUGGGAGUUGCAGCAGUCAAGUUGACCUUAUAACUUGUAUUUGCCAUAUGUAAAAAAAUUGAUGUCCAUCUUGCUGUUGUAAGAUUACCAUCAGGCCUAAUUUUAGGCGGAUUGCACCUGCUAAUUGGCUUCCUGCAGCGAAUUGUGUGGAGGUUGUUCUCAUAAACAAUCUUGCUUCUCUUAUUGCUUGGAGAUUCAGGUGUAAAGCAAUGCACAGGAGAAGGCUAGUUAUUGAGGAAGGAGCAAACAAUAUGCAGGUUUGGGUUUUGGACUUUUCCCUUGUACAGCACUCAUUUGACGUUUAUUUAUCUAAUGAUGUGAUUGGUGUCUAAAAGUGGCCUGCUGUUCGAGGUUAUGAACAUGGGAACAUUUGUGCACCUUAGUAUCUGUUUGUGUUCUUGCUAUCUCAUCUGCUUCUCAUGUCAUCAACUGCUUUUAUCAUUAGGGUCAUGUAUGACUUGAAAGCAGUAUUUGUUAUAGUUCUUGGUAGUAUUUAG